UUUUUUCAAUUAUACACUCAUUUACUCAUAUUUUUAUUGCUAUUUCUUUUACCAAAGAGUUGUCAAUAAGUGACACAAUUGUAUGGAUUGACGCGACUGAGGAGGAAGUGGUUGACUGAAGGCCAAGACAUUGAAAAGAUGUUUACUUCAGCCAAAGGAGUGUCGGACGAGAGACAGGAGUUCUUGGAGUCGGCGAAAGCCCACAGAAUCGAAAGGGAAAGCCAUCGACGACUCCAUCACAGCUCCACUCUUAUUCAGUCUGUGGUCAGAGGUUUCCUCACUCGCCGUCGACUCCAGAAUGAGAUCCGCCGAGAGUUUGAUGAAUUGAUGGCACAAUUGAUGGACACAAACGAUGACACUGUUGUCCAAUACGUGGACGCCAUCCGUAUAUAUGAGUUGAUCCGCAAAUUUAUGUUCAUUUUGGACACCAAUAAAGACGACAAACGUUUUGAACGGAUGUGUAAAUACAUGAUCGCGACUAUGAAUUUGACAGACAAUUGCCGCCCACUCGAAGACGGCCUCGAGAGACGACAAAUCACUUACGUCUCCGUCGUGUUUAACAAACAAAUGGCCGUUCAAUGGAUACAACAGCUGAAGACAGUUCUAUGGAAGUGUUGCCAAUAUCUGAAG